CCACUCUCCCCCGGUUUCUCAUUUCUCUCCUUUAUUAUAAAUUAGAAGAACCUGAUCUCCCGGAUUCGUGCAGUGUCUGAGCUUCAAGCCUUCAACUUUCCUCAGCUUCUUUCAAACUCUCUCUGUAUUCUCUCCGCUCUCCAACUCAAUUUCAAAUCAGUAAAGCGACAAUCUUUUCAAUCAUCUCAAAAAUGGCGAAAAAUGUAGCUCACUCUCCUCUGGAGAGAAAUGGGCUUGCUUCACUUGACCAGAAACUCGCCAUGGCGAAGCGAUGCGGUCAUGAGGGGGUUGUCGCCGGGACCAAAGCGGCUAUCGUCGCCACCUUUGCUUCUGCAAUUCCCACUUUUGCUAGUGUCAGAAUGUUGCCUUGGGCUAGAGCUAACCUCAAUCCCACUGCUCAAGCUCUCAUCAUCUCUAUAGUGGCCGGUUCCGCAUACUUUGUAGUUGCAGACAAGACUGUUUUGGCCACGGCAAGGAAGAACUCAUUCCAGGCUUACCCCAAUUUCCAAUCUUAACUUGGAACCUUGGAUCCAAAUUGAGACUGGAUGCAUCCUUCCCUUUUCUUCUUCUUCUUCUUUUCCCGUUUUUUUCUUCAAUUAAAAUUGUAAAUCCUAUAUCAUGUGUAUGUAUCGCAGCAAUAUAAAACUACUUUUCCAUGGA